AGCUGCCACGCAAGGGAAUAUAUCGAAGCAGUCAAGAGAAGGACUCUGAAAUUAGACCGUCUGGGUGCACGUCUGGUGGAAGUGACUAAAGAAGGGCUCUAUCAGCCAAGGACGUGGAGUACGAGGAGAGAAGGAAGAAGGCAAUCUCCUAAUUGGUACCAUAUACAUCAGAUGGAUGGUUUCUAGCCUGCUUCCAAACCCCACCUCGGCUGAGUGUUGGGCAGCCCUUCUACAUGAUCCUAUGACUCUUGAUAUGGACGCAGUCCUGUCAGACUUUGUUCGGUCCACGGGGGCAGAACCUGGUCUGGCCAGAGACCUGCUGGAAGGCAAAAACUGGGACCUGACAGCCGCUCUGAGUGACUAUGAGCAGCUCCGACAGGUGCACACAGCCAACCUGCCACAUGUGUUCAACGAGGGCAGGUGUCCCAAGCAGCCUGAGCGAGAGCCGCCACAGCCCGGGCACAAGGUGGAACGGCCCUGCCUGCAGAGGCAGGACGACAUUGCCCAAGAGAAGCGACUUUCUCGGGGAAUUUCCCACGCCAGCUCGGCUAUCGUCUCCCUGGCCCGGUCCCACGUGGCAAGUGAGUGCAACAAUGAGCAGUUCCCCCUGGAGAUGCCCAUCUACACAUUCCAGUUGCCGGAUCUGAGCGUGUAUAGCGAAGACUUCAGGAGUUUCAUCGAACGGGACUUGAUCGAGCAGGCGACCAUGGUGGCUUUGGAGCAGGCAGGUCGCCUGAACUGGUGGUCCACUGUGUGCACGAGCUGUAAACGGCUUCUUCCUUUGGCCACUACAGGGGAUGGGAACUGCCUUUUACACGCCGCCUCGCUGGGAAUGUGGGGAUUUCAUGAUCGGGACCUGGUUUUGCGGAAAGCUCUCUACACCAUGAUGAGGACAGGGGCUGAAAGGGAAGCCCUAAAGCGAAGAUGGAGGUGGCAGCAGACACAACAGAACAAGGAGUCAGGGCUGGUGUACACCGAGGAGGAAUGGGAGCGGGAGUGGACUGAGCUGCUGAAAUUGGCGUCCAGCGAGCCACGCACGCACUUCAGCAAGAAUGGUGGCACAGGCGGGGGUGUGGACAACUCUGAGGACCCUGUGUAUGAGAGUCUGGAGGAGUUCCAUGUGUUUGUCCUUGCCCACAUAUUAAGAAGACCAAUAGUUGUCGUAGCAGAUACGAUGUUGAGGGACUCAGGUGGAGAAGCAUUUGCUCCAAUCCCAUUUGGAGGGAUUUACUUGCCCUUGGAGGUGCCUCCCAACAGGUGCCAUUGCUCACCUCUGGUUCUUGCCUAUGAUCAAGCGCAUUUCUCUGCCCUGGUGUCCAUGGAACAGAGAGAUCAGCAAAGAGAACAAGCCGUGAUCCCCCUGACGGAUUCGGAGCACAAGCUGCUGCCUCUGCACUUUGCAGUGGACCCCGGGAAGGACUGGGAGUGGGGCAAAGACGACAACGAUAACGCCCGGCUGGCCCACCUUAUCCUGUCGCUAGAAGCCAAGCUGAACCUUCUGCACAGCUACAUGAACGUGACGUGGAUCCGGAUCCCCUCCGAGACCCGGGCUCCUCUGGCACAGCCGGAAUCCCCAACAGCCUCUGUGGGGGAGGACGUGCAGUCCCUGGCCGACUCCCUGGACUCGGACCGGGACUCAGUGUGCAGCAAUUCCAACAGCAAUAAUGGCAAGAAUGGCAAAGACAAAGAGAAGGAGAAGCAACGCAAGGAGAAGGACAAGACCCGCGCAGACUCCGUGGCCAACAAGCUGGGCAGCUUCAGCAAGACACUGGGCAUCAAGCUGAAGAAAAACAUGGGAGGUCUGGGCGGACUCGUGCACGGCAAGAUGGGCCGCGCUAACUCCACCAACGGCAAGAACGGCGACGCCCCCGAGCGUAGCAAGGAGAAGAAGACCAAGUCGCGAAAAGGCAGCAAGGAGGAGUCCGGUGCGUCAGCGAGCACGUCGCCGUCGGAGAAGACCACGCCGUCGCCCACGGACAAGGCGGCCGGGACGUCGCCUGCCGAGAAGGGCAGCGGGCAGCGGGGCGACGCAUGGAAGUACAGCACGGACGUGAAGCUGAGCCUCAACAUUCUGCGCGCCGCCAUGCAGGGCGAGCGCAAGUUCAUCUUCGCCGGCUUGCUGCUCACCAGCCACCGGCACCAGUUCCACGAGGAGAUGAUAGGCUACUACCUAACCAGCGCGCAAGAGCGCUUCAGUGCCGAGCAGGAGCAGCGACGCCGCGAUGCCGCAGCCGCCGCCGCCGCCGCCGCCGCCGCCUCCACGGUCAAGCGGCCGCCGCGCAGGCCAGAGACCGAG